AUGUGGCUGGCGGUGACGGUGCUGUGCUGCUCGGCGCUGCUGGGGCUGCCCCGGGCGGGGGGCUCCUGCCCCUCGCAGUGCAGCUGUGCCUUCCACAGCCUCAGCGAGGGCACCAAGGCCAGGACAGUGCUGUGUAAUGACCCAGAGAUGACUCUCCCUCCUGUGAACAUCCCUGUCGAUACAACCAAGCUUCGGAUAGAAAAGACAGCCAUCCGCAGGGUGCCGGGAGAGGCUUUCCACCUGCUCCACAACCUGGAGUACCUCUGGAUGCCCUACAACUCCCUGGCCAGCCUCAGUGGGAUCACCUUCAAGGGUCUUCGUCGUCUGCAGGAGCUGAGGCUGGAUGGGAACAACUUAAUAUCAUUCCCCUGGGAAAGCCUGGCUGGCAUGCCACAGCUGAGGCUUCUGGAUUUACACAACAACGAACUCACUUCAAUCCCUCCAGAUGCUGCUCGUUAUGUCAAGAAUAUCACAUACCUGGAUCUGUCUAGCAAUAAGCUGAUGACUCUUCCUCAGGCUCUCAUUGCCACCUGGGCCAACCUCCAGGCUGUUCCCUACUUCCCCAAUGAUAACUCCAAGAUCAUCCUAGGCUUGCAAGACAAUCCUUGGGUGUGUGACUGCAGUCUGUAUGAAAUGGUCCAUUUCCUAAAUUUCCAGUCUCCUAACAUAGCCUUCAUUGAGCCCAGGCUGAAAUGCUUCACCCCCCGGAGCCUUGCAGGAGUCUUCUUCAGCCAGGUGGAGCUGAGGAAGUGUCAGAGCCCCGUGGUGCACACAUCUGUAGCCAAGGUGAAGACUAUCCUGGGCAGCACGGUGCUGCUGCGGUGUGGCACCACGGGCGUGCCCAUCCCCGAGCUCAGCUGGAGGAGAGCUGAUGGGGCUCAGCUGAAUGGCACAGUUCACCAAGAGAUUUCCAGUGAUGGGAUGAGCUGGUCUAUCCUGGGCCUGCCUGUAGUUUCUUACCUUGACUCUGGGGAGUACAUCUGUAAAGCAAAGAAUUUCCUGGGGGCAACAGAGGCGUUCAUCUCGCUCAUCAUCACGGACUCAGAAAGCACGGACGACCCAAACUCCAGUGCCAAAGGCACAUGGAAUGGGAAGGCGAGCGGGAUGGAGGCAGCUGCCUACAAUGACAAACUGGUGGCAAGGUAUGUUAUCACCACCUCCACUGUGCCCACCCUGGGGGCUGGGGCGGGCACCGGAGACAGCCUCCUCCUCCCGGACGCGGCACAAGAUGGCAACCCCCAGAACCUGCUGGUGAGCCCCACCACGGGCCAGCAGGAGCCAGAGAGGAUGGUGAGGUCUGUCAGGGUCAUAGGGGAUACAGACCAGAGCAUCACCCUGGCCUGGAAGGCGCCCAUGGCAAAGAACACCACAGUGUUCAGUGUCCUUUAUGCUGUCUUUGGGGAGAGGGACAUGCGGCGGAUCAACGUGGAGCCAGGGAAGACCAAGGUCACUCUCUACGGGCUGCUGCCAAAGACCAAGUACAUCGUGUGUGUCUGUGUGAAAGGGCUGAUCCCCAGGAAGGAGCAGUGCAUCAUAUUUUCCACAGAUGAAGUUGUCAGCGCAGGAGGGACGCAGAAGCUCAUCAAUGUGGUUGUCAUCAGCGUGGCCUGUGUCAUUGCUGUUCCUCUGACGCUGGUGGUCUGCUGCGGAGCACUGAAACGGCGCUGCAAAAAAUGCUUUGUGCGAAAACCCAAGGACGUUCAGGAAUCGUACGUCACCUUCGAAAGCCUGUCUCCUGGGGCCAAGGCCAAAGGUGUGGAAGGAGAAUACCUGACUAGGCACACCCCUGACGAGUCCAACAGGCUGCUGUCUGCCCGCUCCAGCGUGGACUCGGAAGCCAUACCAAAGAUAGAGGGACAGCCUAACGAAUACUUCUGCUGA